UUCAGUUUUUGCCAAUUUCUUUGCCAUUGUGGAUACAGAUUGGUCUCCUGAGCGUCAUGGCACCAUGAUAAACAGACUGUUAGUGGUGCGUGAUUUCUCCAUAACUGCAUUCCUGCUUCCUCUCCUCCUGCACGGCUUGGAGAUCACAGAUCCUGGCCAAGUGGCUUACAGAGAAAACAGAAUCAGUGGAGUGGUGGAACAUGAAGUAACACUGGAAUGUGGCUCCACCCUCCCUGAUGUCUACAUCUGGAGCUUCACCAAACCAGGCACUGAGACAAUUCGAGCCGUGGUGUAUAACUUUGGCAAGGGUCCAAAGCUGCAACAGCUGGCUCAGGACUUGGGUGACCUGAACAUCAUCAAUAACAGUGCCUCUCUGUUUACAAGAACACUUCUUCUAGCUGCAGAGGGCUUGUACACCUGCCAAGCUUUGUAUGACAGUACAGAGGGGCCAAGGCUUUACUACUACUACAUCUAUCUGCGAGUUUUAGUUCCUGUGUCCAAUCCCCACAUUCAGCUGAGUGACUCCUCAGCAGUUGAAGGAUCAUUAUUUUGGAUGCGUUGUGAUCUGGAAAAUGGCACAGAACCCAUUCACUACAUAUGGGAACAGGAGAAUGACAGUGGGGAGGUCAGCAUACUGUCUGAGAGCAACAGAAGUCUGAUCAUCAUUACCUCAGUUAACCGCAACCACACAGGAUGGUUCAGGUGCCUGGCCAGGAACGAGGUCAAUCAGCAGCGCAGUGACCGGAUCUGGCUAGACGUCUUAUAUGGUCCUGACAUGCCACAGAUCAAUGCUUCCGUCUACUCAGUAACAGAGGGGGGCUAUUCAGCACUGGAAAAAGGAAACGUCUCCCUCAUGUGUCAAGCCACUUCAAAACCUUUUAGCCAGUAUGUCUGGUUCUACAACAACUCAGAGAUCUACUCUGGACCACAGCUUACCAUCAUCAAAAUCCUGCGAGUGCAUGCAGGAAACUACACCUGUCUGGCCCAGAAUACUUACAUCAACAACCAUGCACAGAAAACCAUCACUCUCACCGUCUACUAUCCACCAGAUGGUGUUCCUUCAUGUUCUAUUUUCUCAACAAACAACUACACUGACCUGGCUCUCUUCUGUUCCUGGGAGGGGGGUAACCCUCCAGCUACCCUCAGCUGGAGUCCAUAUGUGAAUGGACAGAACUCACUGGGUAUCGCUAACGUCACUCGGAUUCAGCCAGGACCUGAGGUGGCUAACAACUCUGUAUUCACCUGCUAUGGCUCACAUGUUGCACUAAACAGCACCCGAACAUGCAGCACCAGGACAUGGCUGCCCUAUGGAGAGCCUCAGUGCUCUGCCAAUUCCAGCCUUAAUAAUGAGUACCUGAUGUUGUCCUGUUACUGGGAGCGUGGUGUUCCUCUGGCCUUAGUGUGGUGGGCUUCCAGUUCAGGAGACAUGCAGAGUUUACCCGAGGAGAACUCCAACACCUUGUUCCUGCGCUCAAGUGCCACAUACAAUGGCAAAACCUUUGUGUGUCAUGUCAAACAUCCACUGAUUAAAGAGAGCAAGAAAUGUGUGGUAAUACUAGAGAAGCCAGUCUUGAUGCCUCAGCAGAGUGUGGUUUCUGUUUUUGAGGGCAAUGAUAUCCAGCUCACUUGCAUGUUGAGUAAAACUUACCCUCCAGUUACAAAGUACACAUGGUACAACAACUUAAAGCAGACCGUAGGAGACAAACCCAAGAAGUAUGUUGUUCAGCAAGCUGGAACCUGGUCGAACCUGACUGUACGGGAGACAGACAGCAAGGUGGACAGUGGACAUUACUGGUGCUCUGCUACCAAUGCUCUCGGAGGAACAGAGAUUUCCAUUUUACUGCUAGUGAUGAGGCACCCAACACCUCCCAAUGUGACCAUCAGUAAGAUCAUAUACAGUGGGCGUCAGAGGACAAACGUCAACGUGGAGUGGUUGGUUCAGGAAUAUGGUGACAUCACUGGGUUCUUCAUUGAGCAUCAAAAGCUCACUGCCCCUGUAGAGAAGAGUGACAUUGUCCCUGUCUGGCAGAAAGUCACUGAAAAUCUGGACCCCAGCACACGCAGUUACCAGAUCACCAAUCUGGACCCCAGUACCAUGUAUGCAUUCCGUGUAACACCUGUCAAUCGCCGUACCAUUGGAUAUCCUUCUGAGAUCAAGAGCCCAGUGUCAACACCUGUGUCCAAACCCUACAUCCUGCUGAGUGACUCGUCACCUGUGGAAGGAGCAUCAGUGUGGAUGCACUGUGGUCUGGAUGAGGGAACUGCUCCUAUAGAAUACACAUGGGAGCAGGAGAGCCACAGUGGGCUUGUCACCAUAUUAUCCGAGAGCAACAGCAGUUUGAUUAACAUUACCUCAGUGACCCGCAAUCAUGCAGGCUGGUUCAGGUGCCUGGCAAGGAACGAGGUUAAUCAGCAGCGCAGUGACCGACUCUGGUUAGAUGUUAUAUUUGGUCCAGACGUGCCACAGAUUGAUGUAACACCCUACUCAGUAAUGGAUCGAGGAUACUCAGCUCUGGAGAAAGAGACUGUUUCCCUCCUAUGUCAAGCUUCCUCCAACCCUCCCAGUCAGUACGUUUGGUUCUACAAUAACUCCCAGGUCUUCACUGGACCACAGCUCACCAUCACCAAGAUUCUGCGAAUGCACACAGGUUACUACGCCUGUCUGGCCCAGAACACUUACCUGAACACCCGCUCCAAGAAAACCAUCACUCUCACCAUCUACUACCCACCAGACGGCAGUCCAUCUUGUUCUAUUUUCCCAGUGAACAACUACACUGACCUGGCUUUGUCCUGUUCCUGGAAGGGAGGUUAUCCUCCACCUACCCUGAACUGGAGUCCAUAUGUGAAUGGAGACAACAGAGAGGGUGUUACUAUCACACAGAUUCAGCCAGGGCCUGAGACAGCUAACAACUCUGUAUUCACUUGCUUUGGCUCACAUGUUGCGCUAAAUGUUGCCCAAACCUGUAUCACUAGAACUUGGUUGCCAUAUGGAGAACCCAAGUGUUCUGCAUAUGCGACGCGUAAUAACGAGUACCUGAUGCUGUCCUGCUCCUGGGAGGGUGGUGUCCCUCGGGCUCUGCUGUGGUGGGCUUCCAGUUCAGGAGACAUGCAGGGCACAUCUGAGGAGAACUCCAACAUCCUGGUUCUGCGCUCCAGUGCCACCUAUAGCGGCAAAGCGUUUGUUUGCCAUGCCAAACAUCCACUGGUUAAAGAGAGUAAGCAGUGCGUGUUAAAGUUAGAGGCACCAGUGUUAAUGACUCAACGCAGUGUGGUUUCAGUGUAUGAGGGCAAUGAUGUCCAGCUGACCUGCAUCCUGAGUAAAAACUACCCGGCAGUCACAGAGAUCACCUGGUACAAUAACAUAAAGCAGAACGUUGGUGAGACACCCAAUAAAUAUGUCCUUGAGCAAGCUGCCUCCUGGUUUAACCUGACUGUGAGGGAAACAGACAGCAAGGUGGACAGUGGACAGUACUGGUGCUCGGCUGCUAAUGCUGUCGGAGGAGCAGAGAUUCCCGUCUUGCUCCUAGUAAUGAGGUACCCAAUGCCUCCAAACGUGACCAUCAGUAAGAUCACAUACAGCAGCCAGAAGAGGACAGAUGUCAUCCUGGAGUGGUUGGUCCAGAGAGAUGAUGACCUCACUGGGUUCUUCAUCGAGCGUCAGACGCUCCCUGUAGGCAAGAGUGAUGCUGUUCCUCUUUGGCAGAAAGUGGUAGUAGAUUUGGAUCCAAGCACCCGCAGCUACCAGAUCACCAAUCUGGAUCCUAGUGGGAAAUAUGCAUUCCGUGUGACUGCUGUCAAUUACAGAACCACUGGACAUCCAUCAGAGGUCAAGAGCCCAGCAAACCCACCCUUUAAAGCUUAUCCUGCUGUUAUUGGAGCAGCCUUCGGAGGAAUGCUUCUUGCAACAUUAACUACAGUCCUGCUCUUCAUUUUUGUGCUGCGGAUUCGCAACAAUAAUCCUCGUCUUCACGACAUGAUAUUUGGCAGGCAUAACAGCCAGUCCAGAGAAAAUAUCAACUUCCCAGAGGACGAGGUUGUUGGAGGAGCAGAAGACGAGGGAGGCACCGGAGAGACAAAGCCAGGACCAUCGAUGGCACAGUCAAGAUCCGCUGCAAUGCUCACAACCACCUCCUCUGACAGCAACCAGGCAAAAUCACCAUAACAGCGGUCUCUCAAACUGGAGAUUCAUAAUGCAAACCAAAUAUUCAAUCAUCUACUUUCUAUUAACUGACAAUAAAACCCACAAAAUUCAAAAACUUUUCCUGCUUAAAUGGGCUCUAAGACAGUAGGACAGUAGUAGGUAACGCAUUUUUUUAUACAAUUCUUGCUACAGGUUUAAAAUAUUUUUUAAAUGUAUUUUAUACCAUAACUUUAAAGCUUUGAUGGAGCGUUAAUAACUUGCUAGCAAAUUACAAUGUGCUUUACUAAUUAGAAUGCUAUAGGAGUUCAUAUACUGCAGUCAAAUCUUAUUAGUCAGAAGGUGAUUGUCUGUCACAACAGCUGUGACAAUAGUGCACGACAAGCUGCAUUUUUGUAUUAUUAACUUCUAGAGAGAGAAAAAAGAUAGGUUGAUGAGGUGAACAACUGUUUAUAAAUGCUCAUAACGUAAGUGAUAACAGGAACUAACUUGUUUCACGAAUGUUCCGCAACAUUAAAUCUAACUAUAAAUGGAUAAAAACUAUGAUGUGUCAUUCUUUAAUAAUUAAACACUUGUUAAUGUUGGUACAUUGCUGUGGAAAAAGAGGAAUAAAACACUUCGGGGCAUGCUGUUAUUGGAAAAUAAUCAACUUAAGGGUGGUAAUUCUUUGUAUUAUCAUCUGCUUUGAGUUUAAAAAUAUACAGAGAGAGUGAGAGAGAGAGAGAGAGAGUUGGAAAAUUACACACAAUGGAUGAAAAGUGAGAGGAAUAUUUAGUGUCUUCCCUUAAAGAAGCCCAUUGAGAUUGUAGUGCAAUAAAAAAAUAAAUACAGUAUGUUGUAU